AUGUCUUUUGUUGGUCAGCGAGUAACUGCAGUUGAAAUAUUUGCUAAAUUGUUAACAAAUUAUCCCUACCACCCUUAUCUUUGGGUGUUACAUAGUGUUUGUAAGCAUUUGCACAAGUAUAGACCCCUGUUUCAUAACCAAAAAGUGAUUAAAAAUAUCAGCGAAGAAACUUCGUGGCUUGGUGGAAGUAUGCAUUUUAUUCGUGAUUUUUUGGCUCUUGAUGAUACAAAGCCCGACUGUUGGUAUGCACUGACAACGAAACAUUGUGAUGACGAGAGUGGGACAGCGAAAGUGUAUUUAAUUCCGCCGGAAUGGGUAAAAAGAAUUGUGAUUAUUAAUGGUGAAUUUACAUUGAUGAACUAUGAAUUUUGCUGCCGUCAAGUGUUGAAACAUACUGAUUGCAAAAUUGUGAGGUGUAAAUCGCAUAGUAUUAAACAGUGUUAUCAUUUGGACAAAUAUUAUUUUCAUGUGGGGUGGGGACCUUGUUUUUCAAGGGUUGAUCAUGUGUUUGUAAAAUUAAAUGUAUUUGUGGGUUUACGUCAAUUGUCUUUGAUGUUAGAGGAGAAUAAGUUUAGUGAACCUGCACAGAUGAUAUAUGCGUUGGGUCAAUAUGACUUUAUACCCUAUCAACAAUUAGAUAAAGAAACAGAUAAAAUUGUGGAUGUAAUGUAUUCUGGAAGAUAUUUGAAAAACAUUUUAAGUCAUAUUUUAGUGUGUCGUAAAUGUAAUAAGGGAUUGUUGUUAUUUUUGCGUCUGUUAGACGAGUGUAUAGUUCGUGUUCAACCAUACCCUGAUCAUAAGAGUGACACUGAAGGUGUGGUGUAUAAUAAAGUAAAUAUAAUAAUAAAUUUACGUGCAGUAAUAAAUUUACGUGGUGUUUCCACAAACAAAAACAAUUAAAGUAAAUAUACCCUGUAAUGUCUAUGUAGUAGAUGCAGAGUUUGAUAUGUUGUUAUUUAAUGCUUUUAAUGCACCGAAGGACGGCAGUGUGUCAAAUAUUGAUAUAUGUAAUGACAUUGUGAAUGGUUUUUUUGAUAAAAAUGUGUAA